CUCCAGUCGAUGCUUUUUUCUCGCGGUUCCUUUGUGUCAGCACUAGCGGCGAGCUUGCCGAAGGGUGAGGAAGUGAGUGUGUGUCAAGUGUAAUUUCAUCUUAAAUUCCACCACGAAUUUUUAAUAAAAAAUCCUGUGCAUCACAAAACUUUAUCUACCAGAGACCCAACGGACAUUUGAAAAACAUCCCAAAAUCAUAAAUCCGACAACAGAGCUACGAUAGUUCACAAAAAGUUAUAAAUCUACGCACCGAGGCGGAGUAAUAUGAGUAAUGCAGCCAACCAAAAUGGAUCAGGUCUAGAGCAGCAGUUAGCUGGUCUGGACUUGCAGGGCUCCCGCCAACCGAGUGGGGCUCGCUACAUACCACCGCAUUUACGCAAUAAGCCCAGCAACGGGCUAGGACCUGUGAGUGGUGACAACAAUAGCUCAUUGGAAUCUCGAUCAUAUUCCGACAGAGAUCGUGGUCGCAGUGAUCCAGACAGAGAUAAUGAUCGAAACGAUCGCGAUCGCGGCGGCUACAGGGAUACACGAAACAAUCGAGACGUUGAUUUCGGAAAUUUCGGUGGUCGCGCAAGACGCCAGGAGAACGGACGCGAUUAUGGACGACGCGAUUACGGAAAUGAUCGCUGGCAGGAUCAGCAGCAGCCACCCCAGAGAAAUGAUCGCUGGCAGGAGAACAGAAGUGAUAACCGAGGAGGUAUGGGAGGUAGAUGGAAGGACGAGUCCGAGCGUGGUAACAGCCGAGGAGGCCGAGGCGAGGUUGAUUGGACAAUUCCCACAGCCAAGGACGAGCGUCUCGAGCUUGAGCUCUUUGGUACUGGCAAUACAGGCAUCAAUUUUAGCAAAUACGAGGAUAUACCGGUUGAGGCUACCGGUGAUAACAUACCCUCACACAUCACAUCAUUCGAUGAAGUCAAGCUGACAGAAAUAAUAAAGAAUAGCAUAAGCUUGGCUGGUUAUGACACCCCAACGCCAGUACAAAAAUACGCAAUACCAAUAAUAAUAAGUCGUCGUGAUGUUAUGGCAUGCGCUCAAACGGGCUCUGGUAAAACGGCUGCCUUUUUAGUGCCAAUACUUAAUCAGAUUUAUGAGAGUGGACCACGUCCACCACCACCUUCGGCUGGUACCGGUAGACGCAAGCAGUAUCCCCUUGGUCUUGUUUUGGCACCAACCAGAGAAUUAGCAACCCAGAUUUACGAUGAGGCACGUAAAUUUGCUUAUCGUUCACGUAUGCGUCCAGCUGUUGUUUACGGUGGAUCCAAUAUUGGGGAUCAGAUGAGGGAGCUCGAUCGUGGAUGUCAUCUUCUCGUGGCAACACCUGGUCGACUCGUCGAUAUGCUGGGACGGGGCAAGAUUGGCCUUCAUAAUUGCCGGUAUCUGGUGCUUGAUGAGGCUGAUCGUAUGUUGGAUAUGGGAUUUGAACCACAGAUCAGACGUAUCGUUGAGGAGGACACUAUGCCACCCACUGGUGAGAGACAGACUCUCAUGUUCUCAGCGACAUUUCCCAAGGAGAUACAGAUGCUCGCUAGAGAUUUUCUCAGUAAUUAUAUAUUUCUCGCUGUUGGUAGAGUUGGAUCUACCUCGGAGAAUAUAACGCAGAAGAUUGUGUGGGUUGAGGAGCAUGAGAAGAGAUCUUAUCUAUUGGAUUUACUCACUUCGAACAAUUAUGCUGAUCCCACUGAGUCGCUGACACUUGUAUUUGUUGAGACGAAGAAGGGGGCUGAUAUGUUGGAGGAAUUUCUUCAUCAAGUUGGUUAUCCUGUCACAAGUAUUCAUGGGGAUAGGACACAGAGGGAGAGGGAGGACGCGUUGAAACGUUUUAGGGCUGGUAAAGCACCGAUUUUGGUAGCGACUGCUGUUGCAGCGAGGGGAUUGGAUAUUCCCCAUGUCAAACAUGUUAUUAAUUUUGAUCUGCCUGGAGAUGUUGAGGAGUAUGUUCAUCGAAUUGGACGUACUGGGAGGAUGGGGAACUUGGGGCUGGCAACCUCGUUCUUCAAUAGUAAGAAUCAUAAUUUGGUGAGGGAUCUCGUGUCGUUGCUCGUUGAGGCUAAUCAAGAGUUGCCACCUUGGUUGGAUAAUAUGUUCUCGGAGGCAAGGCACACUGGGGGUGUCAGGAGACCUGGAGGUGGUACCAAGAGCAGUGGAGGAAGGUUCAGCAGCGGAUUUGGGGCUAGAGAUUAUCGACAGCAACCCAACUCGGGAAUGGCACGCAGCAAUGGACCUUCUGGACGUCCAGGUGGUUAUGGAGGUGGUUAUGGGGGAGGCUACGGUGGUAACUACAACUCAUCCUACAACUCUACCAACAACGGUGGGGGCGGUGGUCCCGACUGGUGGGGAAAGUAAAUCAACAUUGACAAACAACCAUAUUUCGUGGCUAUCUCCUAUUUCAAUACCUUUAUUACAAUUACUCUAAAAAUGCAAAUUUAAUUAUGAAAAAAAUAUAGUAUGAAUGAUAAGAAGGCAGGAAUAAUAAAAUGAGGAAAAAAAAAAUUAAAGAAUCAAUAUAACGAAAUAACAACGUAACAAAGAAUACAUGACGUAACGGGUGACGAGACAGAUCAUCGAUUGUUAUGCUGUACAAACUGUGAAGGAAAAUUAAUUAAAUGAAAAUUAGUAGCCAGUGGCCACUGGUAGAUUCGGAUAAAUCUCAUGAAAUAUGAAUAUUCAAUGACCAAUUAAAUUUCAAUUACUUUUGUUGUUUGAAAAUCAAUUUCAUGAGUAGUGAAGUGCGACACGAUACAAAUUACAACUUAGAAUAAUCAUUCAUCCUUUCAUUAUAAUAGAUAAAAAAAAUGAAAAAACUGAUCGUCGAAAUUGGAAACGAUCAGCGUGUAGUAGAUAAAUAUUUAGUUCAAUUUUUCUAGGGACAUACCUUGAGACUUCGAGACUCGUUGUGGCUCUAUUAUUCUUAUUAAUGAAUUAGCAUUAUCACGAUUUGAUUAAUAAUUUAUGAUUCUGCAAGUGUGCUAAUUUUUUUUUUCUCUUUUCGUUCGUAGUGAGAAAGUUUUGUCGUAUGAUUCUCACUGAGCCAUUGUGGUUUUUCUUUUCUCCUGUAAAGCACAGAAUUUUUGCAUUUAAUGAGGACGAAAAAAAAAAAAGUUACGACGAACUUGGAAAAUACACGUAUGUCAAUCAUACUUCCACACUAAAAGGUUAUUUUUUUUCCACCUUGCUGAUAUCCCAAAUUUAUAGAAAAUCAGAUAUUUUUUAUUUGUUUUAUCCUCAUAUCUACGUUCAUAAUUGAAUGUGAACAAUUCAUUCGUUUUUACAUCCCUUUCAGAAUCAAAAAAAUCUACGAUCUGACAUGAACUGGCAUCAACGCGCAUUCACGUGGUGUUUCAUUAAUGUAUUUAUCACUACCGAUAAUAGUUUAUUGAAACUGAAGAAGACGAAGUGAUAUCCUUUAAAUACAUAACUUAAAUAAAUGAACAACGACUGUGAUAUUGAACGAUCUUGAGACAUUCGAUUUCCACGAGAAGUGGUGAAUAACAGAUUGGAUUUUUAUCAAAUUACCGAUUACGAAGCGAUCGAUUGGAUGGAAAUCUUAUUUAAUCUAUUGAAUGUCGAGGACGUGAUUAGCUCGACACAGGGUUCGGCAAUGAUAUUAUUUUCUGGGAAUAUUGGUAACAAUAAUUGUGUGUGUUGGCUUUUUGCGAUGUUACUGAUUAUUAUGGCGAUGGAACAGUGUUGGUGAAAAUAUUAUUGAUUAUUCUUAUGAGAAAAUCACCGGUAAUUAUUGCUGAUUAUUAUUGUAGCAAUGGAUAACUGGUUUUGGUUGAUAAUGAUUGAGUGGUUGAUUAUUUUAUACUCAUUUAUUCUUGGAGAUAUGCCGAUCUCUGGCUCGACAGGAAUUGUACUCGAGCUAAUGAAUGAAUAUUAGAGUCGUUAUAAUUAAUCACACGGUCGCAUGUCUGAGAACAUUCGUAAAUUCUAGGGGUUCAUUGAAAAAUUUCGUUGGAUACUCUGUUGUGUCUUCAAUUAAAUAUUUAUGUGGAAAAUUAACACGUGAAGUCAAUAGAAUCUCUUCAUUCUUAGAUUUUUAAAUAAUUAUAAAUGAUUUGGAAAUCAUUUAUGAGAAUUCACAUUCUCAAAUUAUUCAAAUUAUUCUCAUUUUUUUCUAUGGUAGCUUUCUGUGAAUAGAUAAGGGUAAUUUAUCAAUUUAUUAGUAAUUUGUUCUGAUAAUGAAAUCUUUAAACGGAUUCUGUGAAAAUUCUUACCAAAAAAAUUCGUCUCGCAGAUAAAAAUUAUUUAAAAAAUAGAAAAGCUUUAUCCAAUGGAAUUUGCAAUGCAAAUUCCGAGAAUUUUAAUUUUCCUCACGUGUGACCCUUUUCACAGCAAUGAUCUUGUCAGGCGUCCCUGGGGCAUUGUUUAUACUUAAUCAUAAAAGAAAAAUUAGAUAGUUGAAAUGCGUAAGAACAAAUUAAAAUGGAAAACCUGCAUUAAAAAAAAUAGGCAUAUGGCGUCACUUCUUAGAAACGAGAAUGAAAAAGUCUCAAGUUUUUCGAGUAGAACUCCGUGUGCAUAGGAUAUUGCUGUAUCUAUCGAGGGAAUCACGUCAGAUUAUUAUCUAAUCUGUGCGAAAAAGUACAAAUUCGUUUUCCUUUGGUUUUCUUGGUUUUAUAUAUAAAUAUGACGACAUUAAUAACUUCUAGAGGAAAUAAAUAUAUUAUGAAUGAUUUCUGUUCGUUGGAGAAAUCGAUGAUUUAA